CCAAGGUCAAUGGCUUCCGCUUCCGAACGCCACAAGACUUAGAGAACCGCGCUUCGUCGGAAAGCUUCUGGUUCAACGUUCGGGACGACGGACCAGAAGCAGGUCGAACCGCGAUGCUAUUCAAGCCUUAUCAGCUUUGUGUUAUUGCCUGCCUGCCUGCCAAGCUGCUCUAACGAGAUCGACUCAAACGGUUGCGGAGCUGGCGGAUCAAGUAGCUCAUCAGUGAUCACUGCAGCCUUUCCCACGGCCUCCACCUCGGCCAGGGUUUGCAUCUCGUAUCCCUCUUUUUUGCAUUGCGAUGUUUCUGUAGCGUUUCUUUGGGCUUACAACUGCGUUAUUAUCUCUUGUGCCGUCUGAAUAAACUCCCUUCUAAUAGUGUCCCCUGAUUUGGAAUGAGCAGCCAUUGCGCGUAGUUCCCAAACAUGUCGAUCUUCGGCAAGAAGAAGAACAAGGACAAGGCUGAAAAGGGAAAGGCGAAGAAGGAUGGCAAGAAGCCUGCUACAAGCGAGCCGCCUGCGCAGACGCAAUACAAACAUGUGCCUACGCACGCUGCGGCGGAUGCCGCGCCCAAAGCUGCCGUCAACGGACAGCAGCUAUCCAAGCAGGCGACUAAUUAUGCUCAGGGUGUUGCCAACUUUCAGCAUCCGUUGAUGAGCAGUGCCAAUCACCCCUUCGCACGGUCAAGCUCACCGAGCAUCCCGUCUGCACGCUCCACUCCCUUACCGCACCAGAAAGGCUUGAACGCGGAUUUCGACACCUUGCAAAGAAACAACAGCGCUGAAGUGUUCACCACCGAUCCAGACGCACCGCCCUUACCAACAUCAAACAUCACCCAGGCUCAGGCGCAGGCGCAGGCGCAGGCUCAGAAUGCGGCUUCUCACCGAGAUGGCAUCUCCCGCAAUGCUGAUGGGUUCUUCAUCCAGCAGCAAGGCAAUGCUGCACCCUCCUUUGACAGCCAGUAUCUUGGCAACCCCAAGAUGCAAGCUGCCGCUCGCGACCGCGGCUACAUCAACCCACAACCGUCGACAGAUUCUGGUUACGGCUCGGUAGCACACUCGCUUGCACCGAGUGACACUCCGAUAUGGCAUGAUGGCGCGCGACCUCAGCUACUGCCGAGCAAAAGCGAUUUCUUGCCCGAGCUGACUUUGAGCGAAGAGCUUGCGCGCGAGCCUGCUUUCUCCGAGGCGUCUUUCGCUGGUAGUGAUACUCCAGAGACAACGCCAGUAAUGAAGCAGACAAACGAGGCCUGGUUCAAGAGUGGACACAACCAGCCCUUGCAACCGAACCCAGCCCCGGACAACAUACCCGCCAAGCCGACCAAGCCCAAUAGAAGCUCAAAGCAACCAAGGAGCACACGGACAGAUCUGACACAGUCGUCCCAGCCAGCUGCAGGAGAUAGUAAUCCGGACGAACGUGACUUUGUGGAACCAAAGAGUAUCUGGACAGGCCAGGCACAGCCGGUCGUAAGGACUGUACAACCGGAAGAGCGCGAUGUGCAGCAAGUUCAGAAGGCUAGGAUAGAGCAGACACGGUCGGCUGAAGGCUUUCGCCGUACAGAGGAGCGUGACACGCAGUACCCCUACCAGCAACAGUAUGUCGUCCCGCCUCCGUCGCAGCAGCAGCAGCAAAACUAUCAGCACAACCACGCACCGGAACUGGCAAGGACGGUCCAGUCUGAGCCCUUGAAUGCUCCACAAACGCACUUUAGCCAACCUUAUCGGAGCGCAACACCACCUCUGCAGCACCUCGAGGAGCCUAGAGCGACCUUCGCUGAACCCAUGAGAGUUUCCACUCCGCCGCCUGAACGCUCGAUGGUGCGUGAGUCACAGCCUCCUCUAUCCCACGACCUGUCACACUCCCAAUCUGCACAUGAGCCAGAGCAGCCCAGACCGUUCGUGCGCUACUCAUCACCUCCACCGCAGGAAAACAAUGCGAACUCUCUGGAGCGCAUGGUGUCCAUGAGCCAACGGAGCACACUCGCUCCUGUAGGUCGUCUGGACGGCUGCAAGGUGAACAAACGCGGCAAGAUCCUGGAUGAAGAGGGAGAGAUCAUCGCUGAGCUUGCCGAGGGCGACAUCAUGGACUGUGUACGGCAGCGUUGCAACGCUUACGGCGAGGUUGUUGACGAUUACGGCAGGGUCGUUGGAAGAGUACAUCUUGUGGAAAGCAAGAUGGAGUCGCCGGUGAUGCGCUUUGCGCAGCCUGUGCAGACGCCGCAUUCACAGCCAUCAUACUAUUCUCAAGAGCCACAAUCGCAGGCCCACCAAGAUUUCUUCUCGCCGCCACCCGUCUCACCAUCCUCAAGACACCAGAAUCGGGCUUCUGCACAGCCAGAUGUGUUCACACCGGCGUGGCAGCGGCAAUCGCACUCAAUCCAUACAGGUUUUGCGCGUGAGCUGCGCGAUCACUUAGCUGCCGCAAGUCCGAGCUCGAAUCAGACAGGUGGACCGGUCAAUUUUACGGGUAACGUGGCGCCUGUGGAACUUGAUGCAACGGAAACAAUCUACGAACAGGACGAGGAGGAAGACGAGGCGCUACCCAUCUUCGACCAUAGCGAGGUUUUUAUGCCUCCGCCGGUGGUACCCGUACGCUCUUCCAGGCGAUCGGAAACGCCAUCGCCACCGGCCGAGAAAGCGCGGCGCGGUGAGCGAGACCGGUCGCGCGUACGAUCGAAAGAGCCAACAUCCGCACCGCACGCCCACUCGAACGUUACAGCUGCACCAACGCCGUCGCAGCACGAUCACACCGACCGCGAUGAAACCGGAGCUGAACCGUCCGAGUCAGCGCAGGAGGUUGUUGAGCCACAAGAUACGUCCCCCACUCCUGUCAAGGCACCAAUCCCAGUGCAUGCUUCUGUGUUGGCCGCGGAAGAGGCAGCGGCCGAGGCCCAGAACGCACAAUCUGCGGAGCCUCCUGCUUUUCCGUUCACGCUGCGCCAAUAUGAGCCGAAGAACCAGUCGGACAGGUUCUCGCCAUUUCAGACCAGGUCCAUAGAUCGCUCAUGGGCUGGCCCGCCGGUGCCUCGUAGCGAGGAGACUCACCAAGAGCCGGCCCUGGGCACUGCAAAAGAGUCGCAGCCCCAGCCGUCAGCGCCACAGCAUCCACAGCCGCAGCAACCACAGCCGCAGCAACUGCAGCAACCAAACCAGCAACCAAACCAGCAACAACAGCAGACGAACCGUCGUAGCCCUUCCACCCCACUGAUCCGAAACAGCAUAGACGGCAGUCCCGUAGAUUCUUCAAAGUCAUACAUCAAGCCUAGCAUGAGCCCUGUGCCAGAGAACGAACGACCGGCUGCUGAAAAGAAGAGCCCGAACCUUUUCUCAUAUCAAGGCGAGAUCCCUGCUGCAGAUGGCCCUGUCUCCAAUGCAAACCUUGCGCCCGCUCGUGCAAAGUCACCACCCUUGCCAAGCUUUCCAAGACAAGCAUUUACUGGAGGUGCGCCCAGUGCCAGUCCUUUUGCACCCAUGAACAGCGCACAAUUCUCUUCCGCGGGCGGAUUGGGUCCAAGAGGAACAGGUCCGCGACAGUUCACUACCGGCGUGCCGGGUCCGAGACCUAUCUUGAACGGGAAGAACUCGUUCCAUCAGCCUCUGAAGAGAAGUCCACUGAGCAGUCAAGGUACGUUCCAUAGAAGCAAUGCAACUCUCGAACCCGACGCUGACGCUUUACCAGAAACCACUCCACCACAGAGCGAGUUUGGAGGUGGUGAAGGUGACAGUAUCGCGGGACCAUCGUACACGCGCCAGCCUUCCGUACGGACGCUUGCCGGGAUGCAAGCGUUGAAUGCGCAGACGAACAGCAAGCCGCGCACUUACUUCACUCACGCUGGACGUGUGUCAGUCGAGGCUGGACAGCCACCACCUUCGCAGGCCGACGGCUCGGCAACGCCAGCUGAGCCAGCCACCGCUCCCUCCCCGUCCUCACCGCCCGCCGUAAACUCGGCCCCGCAGAAGGAUACCACGACGAAGAAAAAGAGCAGAUUCAGUAUGGGUUUUGGGAAGAAGAGCCAGCCUGUGGCGGCGUAG